UGGUUCCGGGUCGUGGCGAGACUCGGGGCAACUGGGCUGCUGCUCUGCCGGCGGGCGGCGGCGAGCGGCGGGGGCAUGAGGGCGAGCCCGGAAAGCGGCAGCUGAGCCGGCCGGGAGGAGCGCCAGUCCCCGACGAUUCCGAGAGUCCGGGGCUGGGGCCGAGAGGCACCGAGGAGCCGGGCCCUCCCCCCAGGAACGUGUCCCGGGCCGCCCCGGCCGGUAGCGCGGCAGCACUUUCAGAUUAGGAAGACUCGGGAUAAAUUACACGCCUGGUACAAGACAGAGCCAGGAUUCAAACCCAGGUAGGUGAGCCUGUGAAACAAUAUGAAGAGGAGAAAAUAGCCUUUUAAGGAAAUUGGCCCACAGAAAGGAUGGCCUUCUUGGACAAUCCAACUAUCAUUCUAGCUCACAUUCGACAGUCACAUGUGACCAGUGAUGAUACAGGAAUGUGUGAGAUGGUUCUCAUUGAUCAUGAUGUUGACCUAGAGAAGAUUCAUCCUCCUUCAAUGACUGGAGACAGUGGGUCAGACAUUCAGGGAAGCAAUGGUGAGACUCAGGGCUAUGUAUAUGCCCAGUCAGUCGAUAUUACCUCAAGUUGGGACUUUGGUAUUAGAAGACGCUCAAAUACAGCUCAAAGAUUAGAACGACUUCGAAAAGAGAGGCAAAACCAAAUCAAAUGCAAAAAUAUUCAGUGGAAAGAAAGAAAUUCUAAGCAAUCAGCCCAAGAGUUAAAGUCACUGUUUGAAAAAAAGUCCCUCAAAGAGAAACCUCCAAGUUCUGGAAAGCAGUCAAUAUUAUCUGUACGCCUAGAGCAGUGCCCUCUGCAGCUGAAUAACCCCUUUAAUGAGUAUUCCAAAUUCGAUGGCAAGGGUCAUGUAGGCACAACAGCCACCAAGAAGAUCGAUGUCUACCUCCCCUUACACUCAAGCCAGGACAGACUGCUGCCAAUGACUGUGGUGACAAUGGCCAGCGCCAGGGUGCAGGACCUGAUCGGGCUCAUCUGUUGGCAGUACACAAGCGAAGGACGGGAGCCGAAGCUCAAUGAGAAUGUCAGUGCCUACUGCCUGCACAUUGCUGAGGAUGAUGGGGAGGUUGACACAGAUUUCCCCCCACUGGAUUCCAAUGAGCCCAUUCAUAAGUUUGGCUUCAGUACGUUGGCCCUGGUUGAAAAGUAUUCAUCUCCUGGUCUGACAUCCAAAGAGUCACUCUUUGUUCGAAUAAAUGCUGCUCAUGGAUUCUCCCUUAUUCAGGUGGACAACACAAAGGUCACCAUGAAAGAAAUCUUGCUAAAGGCAGUGAAGAGAAGAAAAGGAUCUCAGAAAAUUUCAGGCCCUCAGUACCGCCUGGAGAAGCAGAGUGAGCCCAAUGUCGCCGUGGACCUGGAGAGCACUUUGGAGAGCCAGAGCGUGUGGGAGUUCUGCCUGGUCCGCGAGAACAGUUCAAGGGCAGACGGGGUUUGUGAGGAGGAUUCGCAAAUUGACAUAGCUACAGUACAGGAUAUGCUUAGCAGCCACCAUUACAAGUCAUUCAAAGUCAGCAUGAUCCACAGACUGCGAUUCACAACCGACGUACAGUUAGGUAUCUCUGGAGACAAAGUAGAGAUAGACCCUGUUACGAAUCAGAAAGCCAGCACUAAGUUUUGGAUUAAGCAGAAACCCAUCUCAAUCGAUUCUGACCUGCUCUGUGCCUGUGACCUUGCUGAAGAAAAAAGCCCCAGUCACGCAAUAUUUAAACUCACGUAUCUAAGCAAUCAUGACUAUAAACACCUCUACUUCGAAUCUGACGCUGCUACCGUCAAUGAAAUCAUGCUCAAGGUCAACUACAUCCUGGAGUCACGAGCAAGCACUGCCCGGGCUGACUAUUUUGCUCAAAAACAAAGAAAACUGAACAGACGCACAAGCUUCAGCUUCCAGAAGGAGAAGAAAUCAGGGCAGCAGUGACAAUGGCCUCCAGCCUCAAUCUGCUCUGGAGCUCAGAGCUGCGCCAGGGCCAGCUGGGCAGGGCUGGCACCUUAGGACGGGGCUGGGGACAUUUCCACGGGCCGCCCGAGGAGCAGCGGCUUUAAGUAGCAGUGCCCAGGCCGGCGACCGAGAGGAGCCACCGCUGCCCAGCCCCCUCACUGCCCGCCCGCCGAGAUGUACAUAGCCAUGCCCACACAUUUCCUUACAACUUGAUCAAAUUUCUUGAAGAACAAAAAUGUACAUUUCUUUUUCCUUUUAAUAAACAGGUGUCCUCUUUCUUA